ACAAGUCGUGCCUUAGAGACUAUUCUCUUCUUCUGCUUCGCUAGAAACAACGUUCGUCUCGUCUCUGCGAUCUGAAACGUCGAAGGUGAAAGAUGGGUUUGGUGGGAGAAACCGUAGACUCAAUUAAAUCUAUUCAGAUUCGUCAGCUUCUCACUCAGGCCAUCAGACUUGGGAUGAUUGUCACGUCUGCUUUGAUCAUAUGGAAAGCUUUGAUUUGUGUCACUGGAAGUGAUUCCCUUGUCGUGGUUGUUCUCUCCGAAAGCAUGGAACCUGGUUUUCAGAGGGGUGAUAUAUUGUUCUUGCACAUGAGUAAGGACCCCAUUCGAGCUGGCGAGAUUGUUGUUUUCAAUAUUGAUGGUCGUGAUAUUCCAAUUGUCCAUCGUGUCAUUAUGGUUCACGAAAGGGAAAAUACUGGAGAAGUCGAUGUUUUGACAAAAGGUGACAAUAACCCUGAAGAUGAUAGACUUCUCUAUGCUAAAGGUCAGCUUUGGCUUAAUCGACAUCAUAUAAUGGGUCGUGCUGUCGGCUUCUUGCCUUAUGUUGGAUGGGUGACUAUAAUCAUGACAGAAAAACCUAUCAUCAAGUAUAUUCUCAUAGGUACAUUGGGUUUACUCGUUAUAUCGUCCAAAGAUUGAUUUGAGUCUUUUUUGAAAAGGAAUGGACUCUGCAUGCAAGCCCUUUGGUUUAUCAUAAUCUAGUUGUUGAUUUGAGUCUUUGUUGUUUCAAUGGAGAAUAAAACAAGUUAAAAGGUCAUUUUGUGGUCUAGACCAGUUAAAAAUAGUACAAUCAGAAAGCUAAGUUUUAAUCA